AUGAGUCUCAAUGGCUCGGGUGACGGGAAUCGAGAACUCAUCGAUUCGAGGAUGAUAAAACAAGAAAAUGAAGAUGGAGUCAAUGAGAAAAGUCCGAAUCAAUCAAAUCAAGCACAAGAUACCACUGCUUUGACCCCAAAGAGCAAUGCUUCGGGCGAAAGGGAAGGAGUCGUUGUGAAGAAAGAAGAAACACAAGAACCAGACUACAUUCAAUCAUAUCAGCCUCUACCAAAAGAAGAAGGUUUUAAAGUCCCGGGAAUUAAAUACGAAGAUGAUGAAGGCUUCUCUCCGGUACCUAAAGUUCUAAUUCAAGUUUGGUAUUCUUAUAAAUAUUAUCAAGAA